UGCACCACCAUGUGCCCAAAUUCCCGUCAUCCCUCUCCUAGUGCUAGCACUCUCGGCCAUGGCUGCUUCUUCUUCCUUGAGUAUGGCCAACGGCAGCGAGUCGGACCUUGCCGCUCUGUUGGCUUUCAAAGCCCAGCUCGCCGACCCUCUUGGUGUCCUCGCCCACAACUGGACUGGCACGUCUUUCUGCCAUUGGGUUGGUGUCUCAUGUAGCCGUCGCAGGCAGCGUGUCACCGCUCUAGAGUUUCAUGACACACCCCUCUGUGGAUCUUUGGUUCCUCAGCUCGGUAACCUCUCUUUUCUCUCCACCCUUAACAUUACCAAUGCUAGCCUCAUGGGUUCAAUCCCUCCCGAACUUGGCAGGCUAGGCUGGCUUCAGACUCUCCGUCUUAAAGGAAAUUACCUGUCAAAUGGCAUUCCUACUGCCCUAGGUAACCUCACAAGGCUUAAGCUUCUUAGCCUAGGUAUCAACAACCUCACUGGCCAAAUUCCCCAUGACAUAUUCAUUCAUACACGGAAACUUGAUGGGCUUUCUCUUUAUGAAAAUGAUUUGAGUGGACAAAUACCACCCUAUCUAUUCAACAACACACAUUCCUUGAGGUACAUCUUGAUUGAUACCAAUAGUUUCUCGGGCCAGAUCCCUCCUGAGAUGUUACUACAUCUGCACAACCUUACAGAAAUUCAGCUAUAUCAAAAUGACUUGAGUGGCCAAAUUCCACCCUAUCUAUUCAACAACACACCUUUGGAGAGACUUUUCAUACAAUCCAACAAUUUAGAGGGAAGCAUGGACUUCAUGUCAACUCUUUCUAAUUGCAAAGAGAUUAACAUAGAGCAUAAUUCUUUCUCGGGGUCCCUCCCUAACAAUAUGGGAAGCCUCGCUUCCCGACUAGUCACGUUCCGGGCUGGUUACAACAAGUUAACUGGUGGACUUGAGGCAGCAGUUUCAAACAUAAGCAGCCUUCAAACGUUAGUUUUGAGCAAUAACCUACUCACCGAGCCGAUUCCAAAAUCCAUUGCCACUAUGAGAAAUCUCACGUGGCUUGAUCUCUCUAGCAACGAAUUUUUAGGCAAUAUCCCAACAGAAAUAGGCAUGGUUGGGAGUCUACAACGAGUGUUCCUCAACGGAAACAGAUUGUUUGGCUCAAUACCAAGUAGCUUCGGUAAUCUUACUAGGUUAGAGCAAAUAAACUUGUCCAAUAAUCAAUUAAGUUCAACGAUACCUACAAGUCUAUUCCGCCUUGAUAAGCUUCUCAUACUCGAUCUUUCUUACAAUUCUUUUGAUGGCGCACUACCAACGAACUUUUCGAGGCUAACAGAAUUAUACCAAAUGGACAUUUCUUCUAAUUUCUUGAUAGGAAGCAUCCCGGAAUCAAUUGGGCAAAUUAAGAUGCUAACUAAUCUAAAUCUAUCUCACAACUCAUUCAGAGGCCCCAUUCCAGACCCACUUCAAAAGCUAACUAGCUUAGCUUCAUUAGACCUCUCCUCCAACAACAUAUCUGGUACCAUUCCAAUGUUUCUUGCAAACUUUACCGAUUUGACUACCUUGAACCUUUCAUUCAACAUGUUGGAAGGCCAAAUACCAAAGGGGGGUGUUUUCUCUAAUCUCUCGUUGCAAUGUUUGAUCGGGAAUACUCGACUAUGUGGCUCUCCACGCCUAGAAUUUUCACCAUGUUUUGACAAAUCUCAUUCAAGUAGAAGACACUUGAUAAGGUUUCUACUCCCAAUUGCCACGGUAGCUUUUGGCAGUAUUGCUACUUUCCUAUACCUAUGGACAAGAAAGAAAGUUGAGAUCACUAAGGUAGACACAAAAAAUUCUUUUGAGUCAUUGGAUAGCAUAGGCCAUCAAAUGGUCUCCUGCCGAGAUCUCAUUCACGCCACAAAUAAUUUUGAUGGAGAUAACAUAUUAGGAUAUGGAAGCUUUGGAAAAGUCUUCAAAGGCGAGCUAAAUGGUUUGGUGGUGGCGAUAAAAGUUCUUGACAUGCGGCUAGAGCAGGCCAUGCGGAGCUUCGAUGCUGAGUGUCGCGUGCUUCGCAUGACACGGCAUCGUAACCUGAUACGUAUACUCAACACAUGUUCCAACCUAGACUUUAGAGCACUUGUGCUUGAAUACAUGCCAAAUGGCAGUUUAGAGAAGCUACUACACCAGCCUACAAGCCCAAUGCACUUGGGAUUCCUUGAGAGGCUUGACAUCAUGCUCGAUGUAUCAAUGGCAAUGGAGUAUUUACACAAUGAUCAGCACCAGGCGAUUUUGCACUGUGACUUGAAACCGAGCAAUGUGUUGUUUGAUCAGGACAUGACUGCGCAUGUGGCAGACUUCGGCAUUUCAAGGCUGCUUCUAGGUGAUGAUAACUCCAUGAUUUGUGCAAGCAUGUCUGGAACAGUUGGCUACAUGGCACCAGGUACUCAGAGUAUGGAUCUCUUGGAAAAGCAUCACGGGAGAGCGACGUAUUUAGCUACGGGAUCAUGUUCCUUGAAGUCUUUACCAGAAGAAGGCCCACAGAUGCUAUCUUUGGCGGAGAACUAACCCUUAGACAAUGGGUACACCGUGCUUUUCCCUUGGAGCUUGUACAUGUGGUCGAUGACCAGCUACUUCAAGGCUCGGCCUGUUCUUCUAGCCACAACAUGAACGAGAGUU